AUGGGUGGCGGUAGCGAACCAAAGGGAAAUGACUCUUCCUACCCUCUUUUCGCCGAGCGGCCCGUCGGCGUUCCCAAAACGAGCAUUCUGAAGGGUCGCAUUGAACCGUUCUAUAAGUCAGGACAGUACUAUAAGGUCAAUCUGCAGGCGAACAUGUACAAUGCAAGAUACUCAGGCAAACCUCAUGUGCAGCUUUUCGUCUGGGACGCACCAGAUCUUUCACGUCCAACUUUUGAGGAGGCUGUCAGCCACGAAUUCAGAGAAACUCAUACAGGAACUUCUUUUGGUCCUUCCUGGUCCACUCAUUGGUUCAAGGUUGUCUUGCGCAUUCCCAAGAAUAUCAAAGACGAGGAGCUCAUCGAGCUACACUGGGAUGCCAGCAAUGAGGGCACUAUCUGGACUGAGGAUGGCGUCCCCAUUCAAGGCCUCACUGGCAGUGGGGAGCGCAUUGAAUGGAUUAUCCCCGACUCAUUCUGCGAUGGUGAGGAACACACCAUUUAUAUCGAAAUGGCGUGCAAUGGCAUGUUCGGAAACGCCCCCAAUGGCACGACUACGAUUGCCCCACCAGAUCCUAACAGACGUUUCAACCUCAGCAAGGCCGAUAUCGUGGCUGUCAAUGUGCCAGCUCGCAAGCUUCACAUAGAUAUCUGGGAGAUUGGCGAUGCUGCCCGAGAGCUUCCUGAAAAUUCCGCUGAGCAGAACCAUGCUCUAGCUGUGGCUAUGAAGAUCAUCAACACUUUUGAGGUCGAUAACCAGGAUUCCAUCCUCAAGUGUCGAGAGAUUGCUCGUGAAAUUCUCGGUCCCGAUGUUGACUCUCAUAAGGUGUAUGAAGUAGGAAAGGAUCCUGUCGUAUUCGGAAUUGGUCAUUGUCACAUUGACAGUUGCUGGCUCUGGCCCUGGGCUGAGACAAAGCGCAAGGUUGUCCGAUCUUGGACGAACCAGUGUGACCUCAUGGAUCGCUACCCGGAAGCCAACUUUGCUUGCUCCCAAGCUCAACAGUAUAAAUGGCUCAAGACAUACUAUCCUGCUGCUUACAAGCGUGUCAAGCAGAAGGUAAAGGAGGGCCAGUUCCAUCCCAUUGGUGGCAGCUGGGUUGAACACGACACAAAUCUGCCCAGUGGUGAAUCGCUUGUGCGACAGUUCUUCUACGGCCAGCGGUUCUUUGAGACCGAGUUCGGUUCUCGAUGCCGUACAUUCUGGCUUCCUGACACUUUUGGUUAUUCGAGCCAACUCCCUCAGCUAUGCCGGCUGGCUGACAUGGAUCGUUUCCUGACCCAGAAGCUGAGCUGGAACAAUAUCAAUAACUUUCCUCACACAACAUUCAUGUGGGUGAGUCCAGAUGGAAGCCAGGUGAUUUGUCACAUGCCUCCUUCCGAGACAUACACAGCGAAUGCCGACUUUGGUGACCUAAAGAGAAGCAUUGAAAAGCACAAGACAAUGCGAGUUGACAGCACGUCUCUCCUUGUUUUUGGAAAGGGUGACGGUGGCGGUGGCCCAACCUGGCAACACUUCGAAAAGCUCCGUCGAUGUGCUGGAAUCAGCAACACUAUUGGUGGUAUUCCAAAGAUCAAGAUGGGAUCGACUGUCGACGACUAUUUCGAUCGCCUCAACCAGAAGGCCACCGAAUUUCCUACUUGGUAUGGUGAACUGUACUUCGAACUUCACAGAGGAACGUACACCACACAGGCCAACAACAAGUACUACAACCGAAAGGCCGAGGUGAUGUUACGAGACAUCGAGCAAUUAGCUACCUUUGCAUCGAUCAAGAACAAGAAGUAUAAAUACCCAACCAAGGACCUAGAUGACAUGUGGGAAGCCGUCCUCCUCUGUCAAUUCCAUGACUGUCUACCAGGAAGUAGCAUCGAGAUGUGCUACGAUGACUCUGAUAAGGUCUACGCUGAAGUUUUCGAAACCGGCAAACGUCUUAUGAACGAGUUGUACGACUCACUCAAUGUUGCUAGCCAGUUUUCGUCCUGUCUCAACGAAUCGGUCGCCAUCAACACUCUGCCCUGGCACCGGAAGGAGCUUGUAGAGCUUUCUGAUAGUGAAGUAGGUGUCGCUUGUGGCGAUGGCCAACUGCUGGCUCUCCGUACGUUUAAGGUACAGGAAGAGAAGCCUGCUGUGACCGUAAUGGAGCAAUCAACGGACGUUUAUGUUUUGCAAAAUGACCAGCUUCGUGUUGUCGUCGAAAACGGUGUCAUCACAUCAAUCUACGACAUUGAUAACGACCGUGAGGUCAUUGAGAAAGGCGGGGAGGCCAACAAGUUUGUCAUAUUCGAUGAUAUUCCGCUUUACUGGCAGGCAUGGGAUGUUGAAGUAUACCAUCUUGAUGCGCGCAGAAAGGUCGAAUAUGGCAAGACCAAGAUCUUCGAACAGAAAGCCCAUCGAGUUACUCUUGUUACCGAGAUCAAGAUCAGUGAGAACAGUUCUAUCAAGUCAUACACCACCCUCUCAGCAGCUCUCAAAGGCCAGCCCUCUCAAAUUGAUGUCAGAGCUGACGUCAAUUGGCACGAGGAUUCCAAGUUCCUCAAGGUUGAAUUCCCUGUCAACGUUGUCAACACCGAAGCCUCUUACGAAACUGCUUUCAGCAUUACGAAGCGGCCAACUCACUACAACACAAGUUGGGAUAUGGCUAAGUUCGAGGUGUGCUGCCACAAGUUCGCUGAUCUCUCAGAGAAUAACUACGGCGUCUCCAUCCUGAAUGACUGCAAAUAUGGCUUCGCGACCGCCGGCAAGAUGAUGCGACUGUCACUUCUUCGAUCGCCAAAGGCCCCUGACGCCAAUGCAGAUAUGGGACGUCACACGAUUCGAUGGGCGAUCCUUCCCCACAAAGGCAGCCUAUCCUCAGCCACGGUCAAGGCUGCGUAUGCUUUCAACAACCCCUUGAAGCCUGUGACUGCUUCCAAGGCCGCCCUCGAAAGCGUUUCCAGUGCGCCGAUCAAGCUCGUUAACACUGAUGAAUCCCAAUCCCUUGUGCUCGACACCAUCAAGCGAGGUCAAGAUGAUGAAGACGUUACCAGAAAUGAGGGUCUUCGCGUGAACAAGGGCCAAAGCAUUAUUCUCCGUGUGUACGAAUCCUUGGGUGGUCGCAGCCGUGGCACCAUCGAAACGAGCUUUAACGUCAAACACGUCACCAAGACAAACAUCCUAGAGGACGACCUGGAAAAGAUCGAGAUGGAAGAUGGCAAAAUUCCUAUCACGCUGCGACCUUUUGAGGUUGCUACCUUCAAACUCCAGCUGUAG